GACAUUAACGUCAUGUCCGUUUAAAAUUUGAAUUUACUUUCUUCCAUACAAAAUUUUUAGUAACCAUGUCUGAUAAACCAAAAGUAUUAUGGGCAGCCCGAGUUUUCGGGGAUCCCUACGGGCCGUUCUUUUUCAAAGGAACAAAGAACAAACCGUUUACUUUUAAAUUUUACGCAAGGAAUUACGCUGUUAUCCCCAUUUUAAUGAUCGUUUUUUGCGAUCUCUGCUGGAUGUCUUUUAGUGUUAUUCAAGGCUUCAUACGGACAGAUGUUGUCGUGGCGAAUAAAUUCAGAAAAGAACACGACAUGUUUGAAUUGCUUCUGGAGCCUAGGCAACGGAAGUAUUUCACGUUUGCCCAGACCUAUCCCAUUCGAAAACAAACAUACGACACUUAUAUGCUGAUGCGUUGCAUGGAAAAAAAACGAAAGAGGGAUUGCUCAAAGGAAAUUCCACCGGAGCCAUGCAAAGAAGAAUCCGACGACACAUGUGACAGCGAUUAAGUUUAACUUAGAAACAAAUACUCGUAUAAAAUGUAACAUUAUUGACGUGAGAUUACGCGGUGACGCUAUACAGUUCCUCCCAAAACUUAUUCUCGAAAGGGGUAUUUAUGUUAUCUUAUACGCGACAACACUUCUCCGAACGAUACUCGUAUAAUCUGUUGUGAGUGCCAGCUUUUCCACAAAUGAAUUGUAUCCAUCAAGAUUCUGGUAUGGUAGGAACAAAAAUUGCGAAGACCUGGCAUUUACUAUUCCAGAUAAAAAACCAUUUUGUACACAUCGAGACGUUAGUAAUCUACGAAUUGUAACAACU